ACCUGGGGAGGGGGAGAGCCGAGGAGGCCCCGGGGGUACAUUUGAUUGUUUUCCAUGGGGUAUAUAAGGGGUUUUAAGUAGAGUCGUGUGCCAGACACACAGCCACAGAAACACAAGCAGCUUCGCUUUAACUGGAGGGUCCAGGCGCGUGCCAGCAGCUUUCCCCACUGAGUUGCCCUGUUUCUGACACACACGCAGGCCGGCAGCGACGGGCCAGACAACCAGCCCUUUUAAAGACCUUUCCCUCCCCUUCGCCCCCCCCCUCCGAGCAAGGGGCCCUGGACCCACACCAACACCCAGCCACGGUGGGACCUUCUCCAGCAACCGGGAGGGAACGGCGCGGGGGCCAAGCUGAACCCUGAAGGUUGUCCCAAGGGGCGGUGCGGAACGAGACAGGAGCAGCCAGCCGCGUCUUCGGGCCAAAAAAAAGGGGGCCGAGCGAAAAAACAAUUCGGUUACUUCCAAAAGAGCCAAGAUGUUCGCGAAGCCAGAGACGCUGGAAGUGAAGGAGGAAGAGGGGCUCAUUGACCCCCGGUCCUCGCCCUCUUCUUCUUCCUCCCCCUCGUCUUCCUCCCUCGCCCCUUUCUCGUCGGGCUCCGAAGGGGAGGACGAGGUGGAAGAAGAGCCGCCCCGCGUCCUCCUCUCCCCUUCGGCAUCAGCGCCCGAGGGGGCCGUCAAAGCGGCGGAGGUCGCGCGCCUUCCCCUGCUCGGCUUGAGACGGCACGACUGUAAGAGGCGCUCCGGCCGGGCGCGAAAUGCCUCCCGCCUCACCAAGACGGCCGAGACGGUCCAACGGCUCAAGAAGAGCCGCCGCCUGAAAGCCAACAACCGCGAGAGGAACCGGAUGCACAAUCUGAACGCGGCCCUGGAUGCCCUGCGGGAGGUGCUGCCCACCUUCCCGGAGGACGCCAAGCUGACCAAGAUCGAGACGCUGCGCUUCGCUCACAACUACAUUUGGGCGCUCACCGAGACGCUCCGCUUGGCCGACCAUUGCGGAGGCGGAGGAGCGGCCGCUGCCGCCGCCGCUGCCGCUGCCGCCGCCGCCUUCUCCGAGGCAAUGCUGGGAAGUAUUAGCGGCGGAGGCGGCGGCGGCAGCAGCAUUUCUCCAGCCUCUUCCUCGGGUUCCUGGAGCUGCACCACCAGCCCCGCUCCUUCGGCCGGUUCCUCGGCUUAUAGCUGUGCUUUGUCUCCCUCAAGCCCCGGCAGCUCCGUCUCAGAGUUGGACUUCUGGCAACCGGAAAAUCCCGGCUAUGUGCUGUCCAGAGAUUUAAUCUGAUGCCCGCUGGCUUCCCACUCGUCCCUCCCCGCGUGGGCCGGAGGGUGGGUAGACUGACGUAGCCCACCAGUAGCGGAGAUCCCGUGUUUCGAUUCCAGGGAAAGAUUAGUCGUUCACCGGAUCGGGCUGGGGGCGAAAGUAUUAAGGCGGAGCGCCUGACCCCAGGGACGCUGGCUGCGGUCCUCCGCCGGCCCUUUGUAGGGCUCUGAGAACGCUUUUGAGUGUCUUCCUCUCCCUCGCACGAUCCCUUCGACAUUCGCGGUGUCUGGCCCUGGUGGUGGCAUCUGCUUGUUUCCCAUUGCCAGCCUGGCGGCUGUGGGAAUUACACCUGUCAAACCAAACUUUCUGUCACUGUGAUGUGCACUUUCCCACAAUGUCUUUUGUUCUUCCUCUCUCUCUCUCUCUCUCUUCUGCCUGCCCAGCUCACGGCGACGUACAUACCUCUUUUUCCUAGCGCUCCCUCUGCUUUUAGCCAGCUGCCUCCGCAUGAUUUAUGCGGAGUGAAAAGGAGAGAAAACGAGAAAGUGGGAGGGUGGUUUUGUUUAUCUGUUGAUUUGCUUGUUUAGAUUGAGUUAGAAGGCACCGCAUAAUUUGUAGGCAUUAUCCUGAUUGAACGCAAGCGUGAAAAUUUGAGGUGGGGGGGGGGUUGAGAAUGUAGAAGCGGAGUGGGGUGAAGAUGGAUGGGGGCCCUUAUGCAAUAAGAGUCUCUUAUGCAUUAUUUAUCUCCACCUUUGAUCGUUGGAAAAUGCCCUUAUUCUUUCAACAGACUAAAAAUUCAAGCAGGAAAAACGUCAAAGAGAUCAUAAAUUGCAAUUAGCAACACACUUCUGCUUUUAUUUAUUGCAAAGGGAAUAAAAACUUUUUUUGUAAGACAUGGGGGAAGGGAGAAGAAACACAGAUAUAUUUUUGUAUAUUUUACAGAGUUUAUUCUAGUAUGUAUUUGCAGUUGCAGAGCAAGGAGGCGGUUCUUAAACAUAAAACAUAUAUAAAUAAAGUAUAUAAUUUUUCAUGA